AUGAGUGCGACACCACGACCGAAGCGUAAGGCCCCCAAAGCUGGUUCAGGAAUCAAUGGACUCAUUACAGCAUGUAACCAGAAUGAUCGCUUCAAACUUUUAGAGGAUCCCACCGUUUUCCCGGGAGACUUGGACAACCCUAUCCAUACUGUAUUUUCUAAGUUGGAUAGUACAGGACCGAUGAAGCAGAUGCUGCAGCUGGCGUCGCAUUUCCUUAGCCACGAUGCACUUUUAUCCUUCUUCAUACCCUUGUUGUACGGCCGCGAACUUAAGGGCGUUAUCAAUAGCACAUAUAAAUUCUAUCUUUCCAAUCCUCUAGUCAGUGCGUCCAGAGAAAAGUAUCGAAUAUAUCUAGCUGGUGUGCGCGAUGCGUUGGAAUGUCUCAGUCACAGCGUUUCAUUUCAUUUUGUGUCACCUGUAAAGCGGGUGUAUGCACGCACUCUGAGAGAAGACGAACCAUCAACUCACAGCACAGAAUGUUAUUCCCUAUUCCAGCGAAAGUAUUUUUGCAAGAUUGAGUUAGCGGACUAUUUCAAGAGCUACUAUACCAGCGGUGAGUACUCCGCAGCGUCUCCAUGUGCGCAGUUUCGCCACGACUUUCUCUUUGCCACUACGCUCGUACAUGAGGUAGUCCAUGCCAUCGGUGUGCUGCGGCGAGGCAACCUUGACGAACCAUAUAUUCGAGCUGAUUGCCCAGAUACCGAGUGGGGGUAUGGCUGGGAGCAUUUCAUGUUUGGUUGCGUUAUUAAUCCACAAGAUAGAUCUAAGCCUGGGACACAUCUACUGAUGCGCAAAAUAUGGGCAGAUCCGAAAACAGCGGAAGAGGCUGGAGGCAAAGAGUACUCAGAUGUUUCUAUGUCUUACAUUGCGCAGUGGUUUCGCAAAGACACAUGGGACAUAGUUCGCAAGCAAGGGCCAACUGCAAUUGCUGCCCCCAUUACCCAUUUUAAGAUUCAGUCUUCGAACAAGCUCAGGGCUUGGGUGGUUAAAAGCGAUUGCCCAGAAAUCAUAGAUGAUUUGAUUGAACUACAUGAACAAUGGGGAAGAUGUGCCAUAAAGCCCAGCCCUGUAUCAGGUUCUCCAACAACAAACAAUGGCCGUGUGCGAUGUACGAAGAUUCUAUGGCAGUCCAUGACUCCUGAACAGCUCCAGGAACACAAUGUACCUAUACCGGUUCGUGCACCGCAAAGCAUAAAAAAAGAUACUGCACUCUACAACACCCUCGAUUCCGAUUGUCGUCCUACUCGGAAGCGGCGCACAGAUCCAGCGGAAGAAUGCGGCCAAGCUAAAAAAAAAGUUAAAAAGCUAGAAACAGGAGUUAGUCUAGAUUCGCGUCGCCCAAUCUCUUAG